AUGUACCGCCAGCAGCAAUCGGUUUCACCAAGGAUUCUGCAGCCGACCGAUGGCUACUAUGUUAACGCCUUGACUGCACACGUUCAAAUGCAUAUGCCACGUGAACUGUUUGACUAUCUAAAUCCGUCACUUCGGCCAGCGAUCCCGAUGGAUGCUACGACUCGUAAGACACAAGUGAUGAACGUGGUUGAAGUCUCUUCCGGAAUUGGGGGCAUCAGCGCAACCAGCAACGCAGGACCCUACGACCACAGUAGCGAAGCGAAGGCGAAUGUAAAAUGUAACCAACAGACCGAUGGCGAUUGGCUGACGCAAGACGACUGUAACCAAAUGAUCAGCUUAGCCUUGCGCGGAUGCAAAACGGUCGACUCGUUCAUUGGGCACUUUCAGAAGCGCCCUUGUUUCAAGAAAAUCGAUAGCCUCUGUGCCCGGCUGCAGCAGGAUUUGGUUAAAAACGACAAUGUCCUGUCCAACAUAAAUUCCCAAGGAUUGGCGUGGGUGCUCAAGGACUUUGUGUUCGUCUUCAUACGGAUUAUGGGUGCUUGGCUCAUCGUGAAAGGGUACGCAGUCUCUCAGCCUUCAGUACUUAUGUAUGUUCGGCGUGAGCUGUGUUCCAAGUUCCCGGCUGCUUUGAACCAAUGGCACAAAGCGACCCGUGAACUGGUCGAAUCUUUGAUCACGUCCUUCACGAAUCUCAGUCACCUCUCAUCGCACCGUGGAGGGUUGAUAGGGUUUCCGAUGACCCUUUCAGCGGCCAUGGCAGGGAACGGUUACGUCGAAAACACCAACGGUGCCGAUUCGCGCACUGAGAAUGCAGACGACGUAAGCUUUCCGAAUAACGAUGGGGACUACAUUCGCACCGGCGUUUACAAAACACUGCGUAAGCCUCCGGGACUUCCGGAACCAAGCAAGCGAGCGGACAAGAAAGCGUAUGAAAACCAGACCAUUCUUUUUAACCGGUACAUGGAGACGGACUACCCAAACUCUGAAACGAAUCAGACAGGACCGGCGCCAAUUUUGAAUCUAUCACAGCCGCAACAUACUCAUCGCGAGAUCGAAGCAGUCAAUGAAGUGAUCCGCCAAGUGUUUGAAAUCGAAGAAGCCAAAUACUUUCUCAAUCCCUGGUUUAUCAAAGCACGUUUUCCAGAUUUUUAUCUGUUGAAUCCUGUGUUUAAGGAUCUUCGCACGAUCGUUUUGCAUAACGAAAAGGGAGAUUAUCCGACAGUUAAAGCGCUGGAAAAAGAUCUAGAAGAAAUAGUAAACGUCUGCAUGCAGUACAUGAGUGCCAUUCGUUUCGGUAGAGAAUUAUGUGGCUCUGAAAUGCAGGAGUACUUCGACCAAAGUUUAUUCGAAUACUGGGACGUGAUGAACAACUUCAUGCGGGGGCUGCAAUCGAUCUUGAACCUUAUUUCAGUUGAACGAAAUCUAGCACAGAUGAUUUUAGUCUGA